UCAGUUCAGUGUUUGUGUGACUGGUUUUGUGGUGAAAUCGGUGGCAAAGCAUAUCAAAGCGAGUGUGGAUGGUGUGAAUAUUAAUCCGUGUGUUCCCUCCGAUGGUGAAGCGAUUACAAAAUACAGCCAGCAGUCGUAAAGCGUAGCACUGUCCACCGGAAAGCACAUCAACACCGGAGAGAGUGGUCCCUCCACGGCAAUCGAUCGGAACGAGCGGAAGGACUCAUCGACCGGAUACAACAUGAGUCACUGUGAUAGCAACUGGGACGUGAAUCCCGCCGGUGUUUUAUCUCUCGCCCUCAGAAUCUACAUCGUGACGUGGAAUGUCAGUACAAAGUUCCCCGAAAGCAUCUCCCUCAACAAGUUGCUGGGUUUGGAGAAUCGCCCUGAACAGGACACGCAUCUACCGGACUUCUUUGUGAUUGGACUGCAGGAAGUGAACGCUCAGCCCCAGAACACUCUCUACAACCUGUUCAAGGAUGAUCUAUGGACGCAAAAGUUUAAGGAGGUGUUGAAGGAGCGUGAUUACGUCGUGAUCAAGACGGAGCAGAUGCAGGGUCUGCUGCUGUCGGUAUUUGCCCGGCGGAAACACUUGCUGCAUCUGCGACAAGUUGAAACGGAGUACACCCGAACUGGGCUGGGUGGAAUAUGGGGUAACAAGGGUGCUGUAAGCAUACGCCUGAACGUGUACGGCAGCUCGAUCUGUCUGGUGAACGCACAUUUGGCCGCUCACGAUCACAUGCUGGAGGAGCGCAUCAACGACUACGAACGGAUCGUACAGGAGCAAAAGUUUCACGUCAAAGCAAAGGAAGCCAUCUUUGAUCAUGACUACGUGUUUUGGUUCGGCGAUCUAAACUUCCGUCUAACGGGCGAAGCGACCACGUCCGCUGAUGAGAUUCGUGCCAUGGUUGCACGAGACGAGCUGAAGCAGUUGAUCGAAAAGGACCAGCUGCUGCUAGUAAGACGCGAGGGCCGUGCGUUCGGUCAGCUACAGGAACGAUUGCCACAGUUUCCACCAACGUUCAAGUUCGAGCAUGGUAGUAACGAAUAUGAUAUGAAACGAAGACCGGCCUGGACCGAUCGGAUAUUGUACGCGGUGAACGAGAACAAUUAUCGAAACGUGCGCCUUACGGUAGAACAAACGUCAUACAAAAGUCAUCCAAGUUACAACAUUAGCGACCACAAGCCGGUAACGAGUGAAUUCACACUAAAGGUGAAUCGAAAAUCUCGGUACAAUGUGGAACACUUCCGGAAUCAGCAUAACAAUCGGCUUAGCUACAAGCUUGCCAUGGCAAAUAAUACCGAUGUACAUUCUUUCGAUGAUCUCGUUACGGAUCUGAUCGACUACGGACAGGUGUACGAGGACACAACCGAGCGCACCAUUAGCUUCAAGCCGAUCGAGCUUUGGUUGGUCGGGGAACCGAACACUAUCGAGUAUGUCAUUCCGAACGGAUUCGAGGAGGGUAAUGCCGAUUGGAUCGGUAUCUAUCGGGAGAACUUUACUAGUCUGAGCGAGUACCUGGCGUACGAGUACACCGAAACGUACAAGGAUAAGCAGCAUCAGCUGAACGAGCAGCAGCUUCAGCAUCUGCAGAACACCCGCACGGUAACGCUAACGUUCUCGGAAAACGUUAGUUUGCCGCUGGAUUCGCGCUAUCAGCUGCUCUACUUCCAGAGCACCGGUACACGCGGAGUGACCGGUCUGGUCGGCAUCAGCAGCUCGUUUGCGGUUGAAAAGCGAUGCCCGUCACCGUCCUUCGACGAAAUUGAUUGAUCGCGGCGCAAACGGUACUAGGUUACGCCUGGUUCACUGCGAGCUACAGUCACUCUAUUCCUACAAAUUUCUUCUUUAACUACGGUUAGGAGCGCGAAAAAGGGAAGGAAACAAUCCGUUCACGUUUCCAUUCGGUACGUAUCCGAAAAGGAAACGUCCCGUAUGUGGCCGGUGGCAGAAAACGUUUAGGUUGGUAACUCUUGACAGUAACAGAAAGAAAGCCCCCCUUCUUCCAAUCAAAUUCAGUGCGUGAUAAAAUUCGUAGUCACCCGUUAAUGAUACGCUAUUAUGCAAACAAAUGCACCUUUAUAGAUCAAUUUAGGAGUUUUUGCUGCCUUGAUCCAUAAACCGUGUGGUAGAUUAGUGGGAACGAUAGCGGACGCGGACAGACACUGCAUUAGGUGAGGCCUUAUCGCAUUAGCUUAGCUAGGAUAAUUGUACCAAAACACAAGCACCAGCAGCUACAUACCAUUGCAACUGUUUUAUUGUUUUAUGUUCAUGUUCAAACUGUAAAGUGCUUUGAUAACGUUCCAAAUCUAUAAGUUUCACUCGGGUCAAUGUAUAGGUGGAAGUAUAAGGUUGUCCUAUCAACAACCUCCACGCGUAGAGUCUAUUGCUGAGUGCGUAGCUUCUAUUGCUGUACGAUAUGUUGUACAGUUCGAUUCGUUCGUUUGUUUGCAUAUGUUUUUUUUUAUUGUACUUUUAAGAUUGUUUUUACAAAAAACCCCCUGUGCACACUCACACAACGGAGCCCGAACGCUAGCCUAUACGUCAUCAUGGACUAGCCCGUGUUGCUUGCAGAAAAUAUAUAGCUCUAAACUACUUAAACAAUAGAAGAAAAAAAAAACGACACCAUCUUUGCGUCGUGGGCAAUAUCUAGCGUUAGUCGUAAGCGAGAACUAGAACCGUCAAUGCCAAUUUUGAAGUGAACACUGGACAAGUAGGAGUCAUAAAGUCUACAAUGUUAAUUUUGUUGGUGAUCUUGUGAAAUACACGUUG